AUGGCGCCCGCCCCGACAGCAUCAGAAUCCAUCCCUCCCAUCGCGCAGCCGUUUGUGUCAGAGCGCGCUCGCAAGUUGUUGGACGUGGUCGAGAAGUUCGUCGACGAGGAAUGUAUCCCUGCCGACGCCGUCUACCAUGCUCAAAUUGGCCUCGGAGAGGCCAGAUGGCAAGGACAUCCUAGUGUGAUGGACGAUCUCAAACGUAAAGCCCAAAGCCUGGGACUCUGGAACAUGUUUUUGCCCAAGAACCAUUUCAAAGAAGGCCCGCAGUUCACGAAUGUCGAGUACGGACUCAUGGCGGAGCAGUUGGGGAAGAGUAUCACUGCAAGCGAGGCAUGUAACUGUGCAGCCCCAGAUACGGGUAACAUGGAAGUGAUUGCGCGAUACGGCAGUCCUGCGCAAAAGGAACGGUGGCUCAAGCCGCUCAUGGCGGGAGAAAUCAGGUCCGCGUUCCUCAUGACGGAACCGGACAUCGCGUCGUCGGACGGGUCCAACAUCCGACUCCGCAUGGAGCGCAAGGGGGACCACUACGUCCUCAACGGCAGCAAGUGGUGGUCGUCGGGGGCGGGCGACGACCGGUGCAAGAUCUUCAUCACCAUGGGUCAGACCGCGCCCGACCACCCGGACAGGUACCAGCGGCAGUCGAUGAUGCUGGUCCCCGCCGACACACCGGGCAUCACGGUGCACCGCAUGCUCAGCGUGUACGGGUUCGACGACGCGCCGCACGGCCACGGGCACAUCACCUUCACCAACGUGCGCGUGCCGCUCGACGCCAUGAUCCUGGGCGAGGGGCGCGGCAACGAGAUCAUGCAGGGCCGCCUGGGCCCGGGCCGUAUCCACCACGCCAUGCGCGGCAUCGGCGCCUCGGAGAAGGCCCUCGAGUGGCUCAUCAACCGGCUCAACGACGAGCGCAAGGUCCCCUUCGGCAAGCCCCUGGCCGAGCAUGGCGUGCUGCUCGAGUGGGUGGCCAAGGCCCGCAUCGAGAUCGACGCCUGCCGGCUCAUCGUGCUCAACGCCGCCAUCAAGACCGACCAGCGCGACGCCAAGUUCGCCCUCAGGGAGAUCGCCGAGGCCAAGGUCAAGGUGCCCCAGGUCGCCCUCGAGGUCAUCGACCGCGCCGUCCAGGCCUACGGCGCCGCCGGCGUCUGCCAGGACACCCCGCUCGCCUACAUGUGGGCGCACCUGCGCACCCUGAGGAUCGCCGACGGCCCGGACGAGGUGCAUCUGCAGCAGCUGGGGAAGAGGGAGAACCGCACGCGCAGGGACGCCAUCAAGGCCAAAUUGGCCCGGCAGGCACAGAGGUCCGACGAGUUGUUCAGGACCAUGGGCGUCGAGAAGGUCGCGUUGGGCGCCCAGAAGUUCCAGACCAAGAGCAAGUUGUAG